AUGACUACGUGGAUGUUUUGGGCUUUUAUUUGUUUGGGUCUUGGACAAUUGGCCCAUGCAUGGCCAGCAAAUGGUCAUCGUUUACAACUCCGUACAAUAUUAGGCACAGCUGAAUCGAUAGAUGAGCCAGGGCUCAGUUCUAGUGAAGAACUAAGAUCGAUUAGUAACAAUGAUGAAGACGAUGAUGAUGGUAUUGUUGUUCAAGAUUUCGAACGCCGAAGUUCCAGCAACUCUUAUCAGCAAAGUGUAUUCGACCUAACAAAUCAAGCACGGAAGCAGGGCCGGUAUUGUGGUUCGACUUGGUAUCCCGCCACAUCGGCUCUUAAGUGGAAUAAUCAAUUAGGCAACGCUGCAACUAAUCAUGCCAAAAGCAUGCUUUAUUAUAACUACUUUUCUCAUACAGGUAAAGAUGGAAGCAGUUUUGUUGAUCGCAUAGCAGCUGCAGGCUAUGCGAGGAAUUGUGCCGGUGGCGAAAAUAUUGCUGGCAAUCAAACUCCUGAAAAGACAGUCACUGCUUGGAUCAACAGCCCAGGACACUGUGCCAAUCUGAUGAACAAAGGUUUUAAGGCAUUGGGCGUCGGAUAUGCUCAAGGCGGUCCUUACGGAGCCUAUUGGGUUCAAAAUUUUGGCUGGUGCUAA